ACGCUGUCGCUUAUUGGCUGAUGUGAGUCCAUUUAAACAGUUGAAUCCAGCAAAAGCGUUUAGAGUUUUAUUCACAAUUCUGCGCAAGGGUUGAUGGAUUAAUCUCAUUUGAGGAUUUAUUGAGCAGUCUCUCUGGCGCAUUUUAAGGGUCAUUUCUGAGGAUGGGUCUCUGGUUCGUGAUGCUGUGGGUGUUGAGUAUGCAGUACGGUGAGGUGGAAGCAUUCUUUGACUGGCUGAAGAAGCCAGACCCAGCUCCAGCUCCUGCUCCUGCUCCAGAGCCGGUCUCCUCGAUCCUGCUGCAGGGAGACACCCCGGCCUUCGAAAUCAGUGUUGUUGAUGAGAAGUUUUUGGCUGAAGCAAAGCAGAUGGACCUCAGUCCUCUGGACAGCUGCCAUUUCAGGGUUGUUGCUCAGCUCAAAGCGACUUGCAGCGGCCUAUCAGAAGAGCAGUUGGCCAAACUGGGCGUGGCUUUGUUCAACUGCCAAUCAGAGGUGGAGGGGCGCAGGACUUACCCUUGCACUGAACAAAUGACUUUAAAGGAGUGCACAGCGGACAUGGACUCGGACACAUGGAACGCCUAUCACAUAGUCAGUAACCGAGCGCGAGCCGUGUGUUAUGCCACACGCCAGCAACACUUUCGCAAGCGAGCGGAGCUAACUGUCAACGCCCUGAUUUCCACCGCAACUAGUCAACUGCAUGCUAUGAAAGAUCUAAAGGAGGGUCAGAACGAGCUGAGGGAAAUGACCGCGGCGUCCCUGGACAGGCUUCUGGAGGGUCACAGUGCCCUACAGCUCCAGCAAGGGGUCCUGAAGCAAGGCCAGGAGCAGCUGGACUCCUCCAUCAGCGAGAACCUGCAGAGACUGGCCCAGGAGAAGGCUCUCAUCAGCACCGGGCAGCAGCUGGUGGCUCAGUUAAUCCAGGGCAUCACACAGAGGAUGGAGAACGUCAGUGGGCAGCUGAAGGAUCAGACGGCAGAAGUGCAGGAAGGGCACCAGGCGAUUCUUGAGGACCUGGCUGUGGUCCGAGGAAGUGCUCAGGACAUCUACCAUAAAAUGGAGCUCAACCUGAAGGGCUUCCUCCAGCAGCAGAACGACACGGCUCGCUUCUACUCCGAGCUCACCAGCAAACUGGAGCGCAUGAACGGCACUCUGGGAUACAUGCUCCGGUAUCUGGACAACAUGCAGAGCCGGCUGGAGGACAGACUGCAUAUGAUCCAAGGCUAUCUGGGCUGGGCAGGCCUGAGCCUGCGCUCUCUGUGGACGUGUGUGAUGCACGCUGGGUUCUUCCUGCUGUGUGCGGUUCUGCUGUCGUUCCUGCAGUGCGCAACCUUCUCCCGCGUCUCUCUGCUCCUCACCGUCCCCAUCAAUGCCAUCGCGGAGAUCAACCAGCAGUCUGCGCUCGACCUGCUCUCGCUCUCUCUGCUGCUCUUCACACUGUCACUAGGUCGCUGGUUUGUGCUUCAGGUGCUCUGGGCGUUGUCUAAAAUGAAGGGCCAGACCUGUGGCCCCCCUCCUCCACUUCUUCUGGGCCCCAGUGAAGAGAAGACCCCAGAGAGAGAGCGCUGCCCGCCGUCCACGCCGGUCAUGUGAGUCGAAGACUGCACAAACCUAAUGUUGACUAAUGCAAUGACCAUCUCUCGUCCAUCCAAGCCACCUAACAUGCUGUUGUGUUUUAUUUCUUUAUUGUUGUUAUUUUAUAUUACAGCUAAUUUUGUGUUGUCUUCUCAUUGUAGAAAUGACACAGACUGUGAUUUGGAGGUGGAGAGCUUCAUGAUGGGUGAUCCAUGCAUCCUGGCCAUGUCUUCAUCUCGGCCUCAUGGCCAUCCAGAGUUCAGUCCGCUCACUUCAGGCACACACACCCACUCAACCCCCAGAAUCAAGAAUCGACACCGCAUCGCAGGGACAGUGCUGGAGAACGUUCCUCUGAGGAACCUAGGAGAAGUUUUGGAGACCGUGAGUCACUCGCGAAGCUCAAGCCCCAACUAUUCACUCUCCAGCAACAGUUCUCUUUCAGGUCGCUCCCUGUGCAGUGGUGUCACUCGAGUGGGCAAGCCAUGUAAAAAGAGGGCUGUGUCGGGUCAGGAGUACUGUAAGAUCCACGAAGGCGGCCACACUUCCUACAGCCGACUCUGAAAUGGUCUUUAUAAUGGACUUCUCUUUACAGAAGCAUCUGCAGAAUGUACAUAGCACUUUUCUCAUUACUACAUAUAUUUAAUUAUGGUAGUGUUUUUGCUUUUUAGUCAUGGUGGAUUUUAUUAUGUUUGUUGUAAUAACACUUUUAGAUUAUUUAGAUUUAUUAUUUAUAAUAAAGUAUUAAAAAAUGUCAUUACAAUGUAUGUUUUUUUUAAUUCAAAUUGACUAGAUUUCAGCGUGCUAGUUGCAUAUGUAUUUUCUUGCAAGCCUUUAUUAAAGCAUUUUUUUUAAUGAUA